ACUCGAUGAUUGAGACUCUGCUGUUUCUUGGGCUGGGCUGUUUGCUUUCGGCCUUUUCAGAGCUUUUCACAUCUCGUCGCAGAGUACAGUCGGCAUCUGCCAUACUACACUCGACUUAGUCAUCCUUUUUUCUACACCCACAUGGCCAUUGCUUGAAACAGCAUCUCAGAACGCAUCAGAGGAUACCACAGAUUGAGGACCGUCUCUGCGAUUCUACGUCUGGCCUGAGAGAUCCAUCUCGACGCCGCACACCACGACCUGCAUCCUCGGUGCACACACCGCACAACCAUGACCUCUAUAUCAACAUCCGUCGCAUCCCUCCCCACACUCACCCAAACCGGCGCCACCAUCGCGCUCCAAGCCGCCUCGCUGUACGCCGCCGACCUCGGCCUGCCCAUGAGCAUCGCCAUCGUAGACGCGCACACGCACCUGCUAGCCUUCACACGGCACGACGCGGCAAAGCAUUCGAGCAUCGAAACCGCACUGUGCAUGGCGGCAACCUCCGCAGCGAACCGGCUCCCCACCUCUGCGCUCUCAGAAACAAACACACCAUUCGCAUCUGCGUUCUCGUUCGCGGCGAGCCAGCGCCUCUGCACGCUCCCCGGCGGCCUGCCCAUCCUGUCCCCCGCCGGCGCGCUGCUCGGCGCUAUCGGCUGCAGUACGGGCACAAGUCUGCAGGGCGAGGACGCGGCGGCCGCGGGCCGAGACGCGGUGUUGCAGUUCAUCAAGCUCGAAGCCGAGGACGAGGCGCGCAGGAUCGAGGACGAGCGUGAGAAAGUGCUGCGCCUGUGGAAGGAGAAGGAAAGUGAGGUGGAGAGUCUGAGGGAUGAGCUGGAUUAUGAGCGAUAUGGGACGGGGAAGAGGAGGAAGACGAGCAGCGUGGGGGUCGGGCGGGGUGGAAGUGCGAGCCCAAGGGGCCGGGAGAGUAGGGGGCUGGGGCUGUGUACGCCGCCUGAGGAGGGUGAGAUUGGGGAUUACUUGAAGCCGAGUUUUGUUGGCGAGGUAAGGGCUGGUGGGUUCUGAGUGUGCUCGGCACGGAGGGCCGAGUUCGACAUGCAAAGG